UGGUCGGCCAGAACGAACGAAGUCGACGGCACACUAGACAAGUCGAUUAGACUGUACCUAUUCCUUUUCAAGGCCUAUUUCUAUCAUGUCAUGCAGUUUUUGUAAUUGACAUCGGCCAAAAUAAAGUUUAUGAAUAAAAAUAACCUUAAAAAAUUAAGUUAGGAUUUUAGUUAACGGCUGAAGUACAUUAUUAAUAAUAUUAAUAUCAUUUAUAUUACACUGGAAUAUAAUUUAUUCUCCUCACAAAAGCUUUUCCGGGAUUUACCUGAAAGCUUAUUUAAAAGAAAAAAAUUUAGCCCAUAAACCAAAAAAUUUUACUAUGUUUUGUGUUAGGGCAUUUAUAAAUCAAUUAAAAAGCCCUCGGAGUGUGAAAGCUUAUACAAAUGGUGUAAAAAUUAAAUCGGCUAGCAUAACCCAACAUACAUUUUAUUCAAUAAAAGUAAAGGAUGAUACAGAUCAACUUAUUGAUGAACUUUGCAAUAAAGACCCCAAACUUGAAAAGAAACUCAGAAUAUUAAUGUUAGAAGUUGAAGUAAUGCGGCAAGAUGGCAGGUUAGCGCCAAGUUUUUUGAAGAAUCAGCAUUGGAAACAUUUGAUGUUAUUAGAAAGCCGUAAUCAAAGAAUAAAGUAUCUAACUUAUCUCUGGAAAACUGAAAAAACAAAGGAAAAUACUAAAGCCAAAAAGGAAGCAAGAAAAAAAGAGCUAGAGACUACAUCUCCUGAAGAAACAAAAGAAUUUCCAGAUGACCUGUUAUAUGGCAUUAAAUAUAGAUCAUUAUUCCUAAGAAUCCGUGAUCAAUCCAUCAACAAUUUUGAUAAUUAUAAAGCAUUGCAAGCUAUGAUACACGGACGACCCUUGAUUGUAGACUGUUCAUAUGAAAACUAUAUGGUACAUAGAGAAAUUCUUAAUGCUGCCAAACAAAUGACAUAUGUUUUUGGGGAUAAUAGAAUACACAAGGAUCCAUUUGAUUUACAUUUGUGCAAUGUUAAUUUAGAAGGAAGUUUCAUGGAACAGUUAAAAAGAAAUAUACCUUCACUUGAUGAACCUUGGUUUCCUAUGAAUAUUCACACUGAAAGUUACUUGGACAUUUUUCCUAAGGAAAAGUUAGUUUAUCUUACACCUCACUGUCGGGAAGAGUUCACAGGAUAUGAUUAUGACUCUAUUUACAUUGUUGGAUGUAUGGUGGAUAAGAUUAACAAUGAACCAUUAUCGUUAGCAAAAGCUAAAAAAGAUGGUCUAAAAAUGGCUAAAUUACCACUUGAUAGAUAUUUAGAAUGGGCCCCAGGCUCAAAAAAAAAUUUAAACAUUAACCAUAUGAUUCCAAUAUUGUUGGACCUAAAACUAACUAGUGAUUGGGAAUAUGCUUUACGACAUAUCCCUAGAAGGAAAUUAUUGGAAACAAAAAUAUUAGCCAUGCAAAAGAAAUUAAGAAAUCCAGAAUUGAAAAAUGAGGUGAUCAAGAACUUCAAAAAAUAUGCUAAUCUUGGACCAAUGAAACAUAAUCCUUUGGCUCCAUUCAAAGACAGGAAAUCUAAAUCUCGAAAAUCUUUGUAUGAUGAUGACAGUAUAUAAAAAACAUCUCGUAAGAUAAACA